AUGACGUGCGUCAGAAAACGAAAUGGGCCUUACUGGCGAGCAGCAGAAUCAAAGGCCAUGGCCCGGAGAAUUCUCGGUCCGGGCUUUAGGUUCAAUGAGACGAAGCGUCAAGAGCAGCGUCAUGUCAAAUUCGACGUUGACGCCCUUCUACAAGCCAUUGCGGCCUCUGUUAAACGGCCGGUGGAAGAUAUAACUUCGCUCGUCAAACUCCACGAAGGCGACCAUAACCGCAUCCUACAGGCCACUUUCAAUGACAAACUGCAGGUCCUCGCCAAGAUCCCAUACCACACUGUCGCAAAGCAUUAUGAGAUUGCCAGUGAGGCUGCAACACUGACUCUCCUCCGUCAUUACAAGUUCACACAGGUCCCGGAGGUGCUGGGAUACUCCGCGGAUGCCAACAACCCUGUCAAAACCGAGUACCUUCUCAUGUCUAAGGUUCCAGGGAGGCGUCUCAGUGAAGUUUGGCCUGAUUUGGACGACGAAGCAAAAGAGAAAGUCGCCAUCCAGAUUGUUAGGCUUGAAGCGGAUAUCAUGGGACUUAAGUUUCCGGCAAGUGGAAGUCUGUACUUCAAAAAUGAUUUGCCCGAGGGCACCGAAACAUAUAAUCGGAAGCGGGCAACGGAUACACGGGACCCUAUUGUUGUUGGGCCGUCGGCGCAGCGGGACUGGUGGACUGGCUUUCGCGCCCAGUUGCAUGUACAUCGUGGCCCAUGGCUCAAGUUUCGCAAGGCUGCGACGGCCCCCGCAAUACGCGAGAUGGUGGUCUGUAAAAAGCACGCCAUUCCUCUCAAAACGCGCCAGCGAUGGCUCCGUGAACUAUAUCAGUUCCAACAAUUCGAACCCAAACAUUACGUCGAACUUCUUAAGCAGUACAUGAGGCUUAGCAGUGUUAUUUCCGUUGCUUCUACCCACUUUCUUGCCCGCAGAACGCUCCGGCAUCCGAAUCUCAGCCCAGAAAAUAUCCUUGUCGACCCUCAGACGCCUGGUGAAAUCACCGGACUAAUCGACUGGCAAGGUGCCGAAAUUCUCCCACUCGGCCUGUGCGCCGGGCUUCCACCGCACUCUCAGCAAUGCAAGGAUCCUAAUCCCCACCAACUGAACAAUCCAGAAUCGACGCUACCAGAGACUUGGGAUUUUCUGAAUAAUUCUCUGCAGGAAAGUAAGCGCCAUGGCGGAGAGCAAUAUAUAUCGCCCCAACAGUACAUGACACUCUCACGAGACAUGAACCGUUCUCAUUUCCGUGCACUCAAGAAUUCCGGCGCAAUGAUCAGGCCCCGACUCUACCGCCACGCCAGCAAGCCAUGGGACGGGGGCCUGCUAGAUCUCCAGUACGCUCUCGUUCAUGCAUCUAGCAACUGGCGCUCGCUCCAGUCGUCUAGAUUAUUCGGCCUCCUUGACAGAGGCAACCGGCCCGUGGCCGCGCGACUGAAUCGUGAGAUCAUGCACUCUUUCCUUAAAUACCCAUGCCCGCUGCAAUACUCUGAGGAGGAAUUCGAGCGUAUUCAGGCCUUCCGCGAGGCAGAGGCAAAGAGGAACCUGCUGGCCGACAGAAAGAAAAGGGCGAUGGGCGUCGGGCGUGGUGGUUGGGUCCGUGAUUUUCAGCACCUCAGACAAGCUAGGACCCUUGCUUGGAGGAUUAAUCGUGGCUUGAAGCUGGACGGGUCGGAAGAUGAGGACUUCAAGAGGCGUAAUCCUGCCGAUAAGGGUAGUGAGGAGCCGGAGUCGCCAUCUGAGGAUCCUCAGCAAUGA